UCCGCCGAUACAGUCCGCGUGCGUGCACGUGUGUCGUCGCCCGAAGACGUCGCCGCGAUGCAGCUGACAACUCCGUCUAAUGGCGAAGUCUGCAGUGGACGACUCCCGACGCGGAUGAAUUAGGAGCUGCCAGUUAAGUACGAGAGAACCACGAUCGAAGACGAAGAGGAGAGAGGGAAGGAGAGGGUAUAUUCUGCGGUAUAUGUCUAUUCGGCGGACAUGACUGUCGUCGUGAGACUCACCGAUCGCUCUGACGAGAUUUUUGGCGUUCGCGUAUAGCCAGAAACUGGAGGGAACUUAAAACCGCGUUUCUCGAGAGAAUCUAAAUAAAGAACUAUGCAGCGCGAGGGCUGAAGCGGGGCGCGGUGCCUCGGGAUAUGUGAGAGUGAGUAAGAAUGGUACAGCGAGCCGCGUGUAGCAACGAGACGAACGCAUCCCUCAAUGGCGUACCGAACGGCGACCGCGAAGGAGGAACAUCCGGUGUGGUAGCAACGGAUGCGGUGAUAGCGCAUGGUGCUGUUGACGGCGAAUCGACUUCCUUGACACGCAGUGGCGGCGGUAGGUUCUCCCUGUUCAGGUGGUUCAAGCGAAAUCGCGAUUCAACCGUGGAGAAACGACGGAAAACGAGCGCGAGGCCGGACGACGAUGGCGUCGUCCGACGACGCAGCAGCGUCUAUUCCAGCGUGGAGAGCGUAGACACCUUUUACAGCACCACUACGGUCCGCAGUUUUGCGUUUCACACGGGAACCCUGGGUCGUUGCAACGUACUGUCUCUGGACAUUCUCAAGCAAGCAGCCGAGGUCGGCCCGUUUGCCGCUGGAGCUUCGAAGGCGUAUCUAGGUAACAAAGAGAACAACGCCGUUGCCUGCACAUUGCCGAUUAAUGUACACUCCAGAAGACGAGACAUCACCACCAGGUAUUCGUUGCAACCGUCGACGAAUUUCAGCUCGUGCGGGAACUUCCUGACAACCGAAAAGAAUUCAUCGGAUUCAUCGAGAAGAUUCAAUGAAAAUGCGAGAACCAAUUGCAAUGGAUCUGUGCGGCGACGGGUUCAUGUAAAGGGAAAACGGAGAGCACCCAAUCCUCCCGCCGCGGUAGUCAAUGUCGUGGAGGUCGAUGUACGCGAAACACCCGCGAGGAAUAGCAAUAGACGAAAACGACGGGCGCCGCGACCUCCUGAAAAAGCUUCAACCGCGGAGCAAUCGAAGCUCGUCACCAAUGGCGACAAGAUGGAAAUAGAGAAACGGAAGAAUAUCGAUGAGAGACAAUCUAUCAGCAAUGACACGCUAAUUCUUCAGGGUGGUAUGCUGCUGUCGAAGAAGGAAGUCUGCGGUAGUCCAAAGGCCGCGAAAAAGAACGAUAACGAGACGAGAACAUCCAGCGUGACGGUCCUUCAGGAAAGAGCGCAGAGUCCCAUUGGCACUUUGAACGCCAUGCCACGACCUUGGUACAAACGUAGCGUCUUCGAGAACUCUCGCGAUCCUGGAACGUCCAAAAGAGGCGCCGUCUUUCGCAGUCCUGUGGUAUCCACCGAAAUGAAGGAUGAAUGCAUCGGAAUGAACAUAAAUUCUUCCCCGAGUUAUUCCAUCGAUGCUUCUCUGUCAAGGUUUUUCCAUCGCGGUGAACGGCAGAGCGACGACAGGAAACGACAGGAGGCUAAACGAAAGUCUGGCUUAUCCAUUCUGACGAACAUCAGCGAGCUGGACAAAGAAGCCGCAGCGAUCGUGCAAGAGGAGCAGGCGCGAACGCGGGCGUCGAUGAUGCUAAAGGCGUCAAAAUUUGCCGAUGAAUUUGAGAGGAGAAAUGAAGUUAACGAGGAACUCGUUCAGGACAUCGUUACCUCGGCGAUUGAGAGCUCAUCGCCCAGAAGAGGCACACGCGCGCUGAUUUCAAAAUUCAACGCUAUCAGCAACAUCACUAAAGUCACGGUCAACGCUAGUUUUUUUGCUAAAAGAGAUCAGCCAGGUUACAAGCUCGAUCGUGAAACAGUGAGAAACAGCAGAUUCGAACAGGCCGGAGACUGGAGGAAUCAGAGAUUCUCGGUUCAGCAGGAUCUCGGUCAAAGCGUUCGCGUAGAUAAAGAUAUCUCUAGAUACUUCUUGCCACAGCAGAGAUCAUCAAGGAAUAUAACCGAACCGACUCACGCGGAUGUAAAGUCAGUAGACGUAAAGAUUACUUCUAAUAAAGAGCAGAACGAUCAGCUAAUGAAGGACACAUCUAGCAGAAUAUCCUUGUUACAAAGCCAGCUCGCUGCGAAUCGUGCGAACGAGUCUUUAACUACACAAAAGGAUAUUGCGUUUCCGGAAGAAAAAAAUAGAUCGCGGCAAGAAAUCGCCAAAGAAAUAAAGGGCAAAGAAUCGCCGAGACUGAACAACGAAACUAGAAGAGAUUUUUUGCUCUCUCGCGCUCGUAAUUUAGCUGAAAGCACAGAAAACGCAUUAGAUCCCUUCAGAGAGAAUGCGGAUGGGAUGCAAAGGGAAUUUUCGGACAUCUUCGACGAAAUCGACCGACAACUGCAUACUAGAGAGUUUAAACUCGUCGAACGGAGACCAGUAGCCGAAUCUGUCAGAGGCAAAGUUUCGGAGGAUGAAGCCCUAUCAAGCAAAGUGGCUAAAAUACUCGAUAUUCUGGUGGAAGCUGAGAAGGAUAGUAAAACAAGACCGACAGUGCAGUCGGAAAGAUCGAUGCAAGACAAGGAAACAUCCCGUUUGAUUGAUUCAGACCAGAAGAUGAAGCCCAGUAAGACAAAAUUAACCGCUCUCAAUACUGUCGAGGAUCCAAUUACGACGGAUUUGAAGGAGAUGGUGAAGGAGAUGAAGCGCUCGUUACCGAAACGACCCAAGUCGAAGAAGACUAUAUCGAACGAUGAUGACGUUCUCGAAAAGGUUGAGAAGCGUUCACCUGUACCUGCGAACAAGAUCUCUUACAUUGGUUCGGUCAUGGCGACAAGGCCGGUAACAUCGUCCAAUGAUUACGAGACAGAUAAGCAAAAGGUGUCCUCGUCAGCGCAAACCAGUGGAAACAUCCGUAGAUUAAAUCAGCCUUCUACGUCCGCCGAACGACCAUCUACAUCUGGAUGGAAACACGAGAACGUGCUCUACAGAACUUCUGGCAAGGGUUCGGUCCUUGUGAAAAAUACUUUCCAACUGAUACGACCACGCGAUUUCGCCGAGAUAGAAGCUAUGAAGACCACGAAGGAGAUAUACAAGGAAAACACUUAUGCCAAUGUGAUAGAACCGUCGCUGUAUGCCAAUGCUCACGUACCUCCCAUAUCGCCGAAACAACGGCCGGAUCCGACGCGAUCUAAGGCUAUUCCGCAAAAUAGCCACGCUGAAAAGUCGCCCAAUAUUGCAAACGAGAAUAAAAUCAUGUCGAACGACGACGAGCUUGUAGAUGAAGACGAUAAUUCAACAGCGAGGAACAUGAAUACUCUGGCCAUAAAUCGAUUACUAAGAAAACUGGAAGGGGCUAUCGCGUCGGGUCAUCAUCAGCAAGCGGCAGGAUUAGCGAAGGAAUUGGCAAGACUCAAAAUCCAUUGUUCCGUGAUACGACAGCGUUCGGCGGCGCGUUUGAAGGAUCAGUCGAUUAAAGUCAAUAUGUAUAUCGAAGACAAACUCGCCCACCAAGGGCCCAUACCACUUCAGCUGCCGACGAGAAUGACGGUAGCCGAGCUGAAGACAAAGAUACAUACGGAGUUUGAGAUACCUACGAACGUGCAACGAUGGAUCAUCGGGAAAAACUUGGCUGAUCGCGACGAAACCACUCUCGACGAAUUAAAUGCGGUGGAUGGUUUACCAGUGUUCCUUUAUCUUGUAGCACCCGAAUUGCACGUCGAUAAUGCAACGCAAGCGAAUAAGCCAGAAGUUCCCGAGACAGAGAAAGUUCCUGAGGAAUUGCCGCAAGAUCCACCAAUGGAAAUCUUAGAGACAAUCGAAGAAAAGCAGGAAAUUAAGGAAACGGAUAAAAUAAUAUUAACAACAGACGAGCAUCAGCAAGAAGUAACGGAGACAGACACGACGGAAGACGUCAAGAUAAGACGAUACGAGGAACUGAUAUCGUUGGAGAACUGGGAUGUCAUUCCGAAUUCUGAAUCAAUCGAGUGUCCAAUAUGCUUCGUUACAUAUGGUCCGCGCGAAGGUGUAAUUCUGAGGGAUUGUUUACAUAUGUUCUGCAGACAAUGUAUUGCCAAUACAAUCGCAUAUUGUGAAGAAGCGGAAGUGAAAUGUCCAUACAGAGACCCCGACUAUACGUGUGAAUCGACUCUUCAAGAACGUGAGAUCAAGGCGCUCGUCGAGCCGGAAGUUUAUCAGCAGCAUCUCGCAAAGUCGAUCGCACAAGCGGAGAACAAUGCCGGAAAUAAGGCUUUCCAUUGCAAGACACCGGACUGUCCUGGUUGGUGCAUUUACGACGACGAUGUGAACAAUUUCUUAUGUCCUGUAUGCGGAGCUAAUAAUUGUCUUAACUGUCAGGUCGUUCAUACCGGGAAGAACUGUAAACAAUAUCAGCAAGAAUUGCUGUUUUCAAAAGAAACUGAUCAAGAAUCUAGAAGGACAGCAGCAAUGCUUAAAGAGAUGGUCGAUAGAGGAGAGGCACUUGCGUGUCCCACGUGUGCCGUCGUCCUUAUGAAGAAGUGGGGCUGCGACUGGCUGGUUUGCUCCAUGUGCAAAACGGAGAUAUGUUGGGUAACCAGAGGACCGCGUUGGGGCCCAGGAGGUAAAGGGGACACAUCUGGUGGUUGCAGAUGUGGUGAGAACGGAGUCAAGUGUCAUCCUCGUUGCAAUUACUGCCAUUAAAGAAUUACAACUGAUAUAACAAUGAGUAAAUUUUUUUAUAAAAUAGUUAAUAGAAAAUUUUGGGUCU